GAGGUUAGCAAUGUUGAAGCCUACCGACACCAGCUUGUAUUUGAUUAAGUACCGUAGCCGAUUGUACACUUGUCCAGACACUGCCACGUGUAUGGACGACAAAUACAGUUAAUGUCAGGAUUUAGUAUUCGUUUCAACCUUUUUUUUCUCAUUUUCCACAUCACAAGUGCUUAAAUUGACCGUUGGAACAUCAUGAAAACACAGUGACGAGACCAACGUUUAUCCAAGUAUGGUCAUGACAAUUUCCUGGGAGUUGACAAAAUGAAAGGUGGGCUGGAGACCACCGAAAAAUACAGGAAAGACCCAGUAAAAAAGUGUUAACAGUUUUGAGAGAACUUCCUCCAUCAGGAUGAAGGAACGAACAGAUGCUCCGCGGGACCGGGGCUGCAUGGUGGGGGUCAUUUUCUUCAUCCUGGGGCUGGGAACGCUGCUACCAUGGAACUUCUUCAUGACCGCCUCACUGUAUUUCCAAGCUCGCCUGAACACAACAGAGUGGAGCAACGGCACCGUGGUGGUCGGGAAGGAGUACUACUUUAACAACUGGAUGACCCUGCUGUCCCAGCUGCCCCUGCUGCUGUUCACACUGCUCAACUCCUUCCUCUACCAGAGGAUAUCAGAGGGGAUCCGUAUCGCAGGAAGCCUGGUUUUUAUCCUUCUGCUUUUCAUCUUCACGGCAGUGCUGGUCAAAGUGCCAAUGGAGAAAGAUGGCUUCUUCUCCAUCACCAUGGCAACGAUAUGGUUCAUCAACUCAUUUGGAGCUGUUCUGCAGGGCAGUCUGUUCGGUCUGGUCGGUCUGCUGCCUCAGAGGUACAGCGCCAUCUUCAUGAGCGGACAAGGCCUUGCCGGCACCUUCGCUGCCAUCGCCAUGCUAAUAGCCAUCGGCAGUGAUGCUGAUUCUGAAACAGCAGCGCUGGGUUACUUCAUCACGCCGUGUGUGGGGACGCUGUUGACGCUCUUCAGCUACAUGCUGCUCCCUCGCCUGGAAUUUGCUCAACAUUAUCUAAACAAAAGCAGCAAAUAUGAGGCAGAAACCAGAGACGAGCUUCUGAAAGGAUCUAAAACCGUAGUGAGAUAUAACAAAGAGAGCGGCACAACAGAGAACGGAAAGCUGAACGGCCACGCUAACGGCUCAGCUGCCUGCAGCGCAGACGAAGUGGAGACGGACCCAAACUCAGACGCCACCAAACACGCCUUCCUGUCCAUGGAGCCAGAUCAGGAUAAGGAACCACCCAAGGCCUCGGUCAUGGAGGUCUUCAAAAAGAUCUGGGUGAUGGCGUUCUGUGUGACGUUUGUGUUCACGGUCACUCUGUCCGUCUUCCCUGCUGUCACGGUGGACGUCAGAACGUCUUUUCCAGAUACCAAAUGGGAGCGUUUCUUCAUCUCCACGUGCUGCUUCUUGAUUUUCAACAUCAACGACUGGCUCGGUCGGACCAUCACCACGUGGUUACGCUGGCCGUCUAAAGAGUCCCGCCUGUUCCCGAUGCUGGUCAUCUCCCGAGUCAUCUUCAUCCCUCUGCUCAUGCUCUGUAACGUCCAGAGUCGCUCCUACCUGCCCGUCUACUUUCACCACGAUGCUGCGUUCACCGCCAUCAUGUGUCUCUUCUCUCUGUCCAGCGGAUACUUCGUCUGCCUCUCCAUGUCCUACGCUCCACAGUUGGUGGAGCCGAAAGACGGAGAGACUGCAGGUGCUCUGAUGACAUUCUUCUUAGCUCUGGGUCUUUCCAUUGGAGCUGCAGUGUCCUUCCCUCUCAGAGCUCUAGUCUAAUUUUACCCAAACACACAUUUAGACACUCCAUAGACACGGUAGAGUACCUCCACACACACCUGAGGGAGAAAUCUGACACCGCCUCUCCUCUAUGACCUCCUUUUUAUUCCACGACUUCGUCAGGUGCUGUGUGUGCGCAGCAGUGACUAACGCUGUGAAAGGGCAGCUCGUGAAUUAUCAGUGGCCAUUAAAGACUGACAGGAUGUUGUUUAUUUCUCGGGAUGGUCAUGUGACCUGCUGCUGACCUCAGGAGGCACUUUAGGAAGGAUUUCCUCUCUGGUUAAAGGAUUGAUUUUUCUGUUUGGACCUUUGAUGUUUUAUAGGAUUAUUUAUGUUGGACAUGGAUCCUCCUCAGCCGACUGUGUAGAAAAAAGGGAAACCUGACAUAGACUGAUACUUUCAAAAACAGAGUGUAAGGGCCACAUUGAAGAAAGAAUAUCUGAGGUUUUGAUAAUUGUUUUUUUUUAGGAGUAAAAAAGCCAUAAUAUUCUGAGGAAGAGGUCCUAAUUUUGAGGAGUAAAGUCUUAAUAUUGUAAGAGCAUAAAGUCCUAUUAGGGAGCAAAGUCUUUAUUCUUAAGAGAAACUAGGACUGAGGUCUGCUAGCUAUAUAUCUGCCUUUGUGGGGUAUACAACUGCUGGACAGUAAAAUUGCAGUGAUAGAGUGCAGUUUGCAAAGCUUGGGUGCAUGUUUGCUGCAUCUCCCUCCCCUGUCUUUCUUCAUAACCUCUGAAUAUUCAGCUCUCUCUGCUGUCAAAAUGAUUCCAUCCACAUAGAGCAGAUCGAUCCAAAACAGAGGAAGAACAUGAGAACAGUCAACUUCAGAACCAUCCCUUUGCAGAUCAACAUCCAAGAACAUGCUCUUGGGGGGCAAGUAGGGAUUUCUGCAUUGAGAAAUGCUACAAGAAGGUCAUGUUUUGAGCCGUUUACAACUAUGCCAAGCAUUAAAAGUGUGUGGAAAUAUAAGUUUUCUUAAUUCUUAAGCUACUUUUGUGUCCCUAAAGUAAUAAAUAUUCAGGCAAAAGUUUUUUAAAAGUCACAGAGAAACCUCAUUUUAGUGCACCCUUAUAAAUGAUAUACAGGCUAAUCAUAGUGUACAAUCUGGACUUAUGAAAUCAUGCCUCAGAUUUCAAAAUAUCAUGACUUUAUUCUUAUACUACAGGACCUAAAUUUUCAUAAAACUCAGACUUAUUUCAGCCUUAAUGUUACAGCUCCACUUUGAUAAAAUGAUGGCUUCAUUUUCAUUAUAUUUUUCAAUUAUCUCUGAUUUUUUUCUGUCUUUAAUGUGGCCUUUAAACUCUGUUGUGCAUUUUCAUAUGCUGCAUUCUAGAAAACAUCUAACAUAGCAGUUCUUACUUUGUGUUUUUGCUUUCUCAUAGAGGAUUAUUUUUAUUUGAUUUGACUGAAAGCUUGAACGGUUACAUUGGAUCUACUCUUAGUUUUAUAUUAGUGAGAUUUUUCUUAUUAUUCCUUAGAUUUCCUGCUAAAUCUGCUCUGUGUUACACAAGCAGGACAGACAGAAACAUCUUUGUUCUGAUUCAACUGUAAAGUACACUCCAAAAGUUAAUGAGCUGUUAAACACGCACGGAUGGAUCGCUGAAUGGGUAAACUGGGAACAAGCACUGGUCCAAGUGGUGAAAGGGUUCAAAGGGACCAUAAAACAAACAUCAAUGAGCAUAGAAACGACCGCAAAAUCACCUCAAACCACCACAGAGGGAUACCAAAGGACUACAGGGAGUGGUGUUACACAUUCCUUUGAGUCUCUUUAGUUGCUCAGCUCGUCCUCCCUCAUAGGUUAGUUUGCCAGUCCAGUUUUUCUCCUUUGUCUGGUUCAAUCUCAACUUCAGCUUCUGUUGUUUUUGCAUCAUGAAGGCUGCUGCUGCCCCCUGCUGGUUGAAGUUCACCAGCUGGAAAACUGACAUUUCUGAGAUCAAAGUUGUGAAUACUUUUCAUACCAAGUGUUCUUAAACUUGUUACUUUAACUACCAGUAGUAUCAAAAGUGGGAAAUCUUAUUUAUUUUGUUUUUAAGAUUGUUUAGGGACCUUUUUUGAUAGGAGCGUUUAAGACACAGAAAAUAGGGGGACAGAUAUUAGGGGGGAGACAUGCACCAACCAGCAGUAGUAUUGGGCUUUAAAACUACAGAUAUGCUGACAUCCAAAUCUACAAGAGUACUCUCUUACAGCAGGAAAAAACAUAAACAUUUCCAGUAUAUUUAUGCAAUGUGGACAGUGUGCAGAUGUUUAUUUACAGUUUCCUUCAAGCUCAGACAAAAAAUCACCCAGUGUUUGCUUCUGGUGGCUUGUUGCAGCAGCAAGUUUGGUCUUAAUUUUUUCUUUUUUUGGAGUUUCAUUUUAAAAGGUAUUUGGCAUUUUUAGUGGCAUUAGCCUCCAGAGGUAUCAGUGAGCACUGCCCCUUUAAGGAGAGAGUGCCAGUGGCACCAACAGAGUUGGGUGCUACAGAUGGGUAAAGUUGAGAUUUAUGUGAAAAUGCUGGCUCAGUUGUAAAAUACAUUGAAACAUUUAGAAGGGUUUUAUUUCCCAGAGAAAGUCUGUGUUUGGCACUAUUUAUCAGUGAAACUUUGGGCUAUGUGUUCCUUCCCCUCAAGUGUAUUGUCAUCUCCUGAUCAGCUGUUUUUGUCAGCAGCUUCAACAACAAACUAAACUAAAACAACACUAAAAUGAGCGUGCAAGAGAGAAGGAAGCAGCAGGCGCUGUUUUAAAUCAUCAAUCACCAUCUA